CCUCAACCAUUUGUUUCAUGGAGAGAUUCAUCAAUUUGAAACAAGAUUAUCACUGUUUCAGCGGAACUGACCUUAGGUUUUAUAUUUGUAAGUGGCUCUGUUACUUUGUGAUACAAACGAGGUGGGACUAAGAACCAAUAUCAAAUGGACCAAAUCUAAACCAUUUUGCCAUAAUGUCCUUCCUCUUUGUUACUGUUAACAGUGAACGAGCGGUAUUUGAAAUCGCGGCGGCGGCGGAAGCAAGUGCAAGUGCCGCAGAAGGAGCAGUCUGCAGCGGAAGCAACGGCAGCAUCAGGGUCAAUAGAAGAUGUUGUACAUAAUCGGUUUAGGGUUAGGAGACGAGCGAGACAUCACACUGAAAGGAUUGGAAGCAGUGAAAAAAUGCGACAAGGUUUACAUGGAAGCCUACACUUCCCUCCUCUCCUUCGGUCUCUCCACCACCGCGCUCGAGAAUCUCUACGGUAAACCCAUCGCUCUUGCCGACAGAGAGUUCGUUGAGGAAAAAGCCGACGAGUUCCUCUCCGAAGCUCGCCAUGCCGAUGUCGCUUUCCUCGUUGUUGGGGACCCUUUUGGGGCUACCACUCAUGCUGAUCUCGUUGUUCGAGCGAAGAAGAUGGGGAUUGAUGUGAAAACUGUGCAUAAUGCUUCAGUGAUGAAUGCGAUUGGGAUUUGUGGUCUUCAGCUUUAUCGUUAUGGGGAGACUGUUUCUAUUCCGUUUUUCACUGAUACUUGGAGACCUGAUAGCUUCUAUGAGAAGAUUCAGGGGAAUCGAAGCAUGGGUCUGCACACUCUUUGCUUGUUAGAUAUUCGGGUGAAGGAGCCUACACUGGAAUCUCUGUGCAGGGGAAGAAAAGUCUAUGAGCCACCCCGAUAUAUGACUGUAAACACAGCCAUUGAGCAGCUGUUGGAGAUUGGGCAAGCACGUGAAGAAUCUGCAUACACUGAAGAUACUGAGUGUGUUGGGUUUGCUCGUCUUGGAAGUGAAGAUCAGAUGAUAGUGGCUGGAACAAUGAAGCAGCUGCAGUUGGUUGACUUUGGAGCACCUUUACAUUGCCUUGUCAUAACAGGGAAGACCCAUCCCUUGGAAGAAGAAAUGCUGGAUUUUUACAGAUGCAGGACGUAGUGUGGUCUUUAGAACAGCAGCUCCAUUUUGAUUCAGAAAAGACUUGUUUGUUUGUGUUGAAGUAGCCCUAAUAUCUUGUUCUUCUGUGUAAUUUUUUCCUCGUCAAUCUGAGCCUAAGUUAGUAAAAAGAUAAUGUCCUCUUGUAGUAUCAAUCAAUACUCAUUCCUGCACUCACUCAAAUUACAACACACUUUUUCA